CCGGCAACGAGUUCGGGAACUGUGCAGCGUUACGCUCUCCUCUCUGUUUGCUUGGUGGUUUGGAAAUUCACUCAAUCGGCGACUUGAUCAGACCUUGCUUGGUGAGACCCAGUAGAAAUGUGAGCUUCCCAUGCUUUAAUGGUGCCAUCACAGUGCAGAGGUCGUAAGAGCAGGGGAGCAUAGUCAAAAGAUCAACAUCCGAUAAUGAUUGAUGAUUAACAAGUUGUCGCCUUCUGUUGUGCCAUUCAAACCUUGGAUUGAGAGAAGCCGGGGAUAAACCGAUGUUGAAAGUUGGAUAAUAAUCGAUCUCUCGUUUCAUUUGAGUCGUGGCAUCUCCUCUUCCACAAUAGAAAUGCUAUCAAAUCUUUCCAACUAACAAUAAACUCAGAUAAAUAAAUAAAUAUCGAAGGAAGUCCGCAUGAAGAUGUUGACUCAACUACAUAGAAUUUGAAGAUGAAAAAGGAGUGAGAAUCUCUUGAGUAUCUUGGAUGUUCCGGGGUUGAUUUUUAUCUUGCCAUAUUCCACCAUGGAGACAGGAACUCUUGAAGGUUUUCAUAUUCAUUGCUCUCUAAUAAAUAGGGAAUUGCAUUGAUUUUGUGAGCUUUCUUAACAGCUCAAGCUUUAGGAGCAUGGUUUAAUAAGACUUGCUGGUAUCUCAAUUUCUUUGGCUUAACUUUCCUGCCUGUAUAAGAUUUAAUAUUGUUAAGUUGCAGAGAUGGACUUGGCCCCUACUGAAAAAGUGGUUUUAGGCUCAAUAGCCUUUGCAAUCUUCUGGGUUUUGGCAGUGUUCCCAGCAGUUCCUUUUCUACCCAUUGGUAGGACUGCAGGGUCUCUCCUAGGAGCCAUGCUCAUGGUCAUCUUCAGGGUCAUAACCCCAGAUGAAGCAUAUGAUGCCAUUGACCUCUCAAUCCUUGGCCUUCUUUUUGGAACUAUGGUCGUGAGCGUCUAUCUUGAACAAGCUGAUAUGUUCAAAUACUUGGGUGUACUGCUUUCAUGGAAGAGUAAGGGUGCAAAGGAUUUGCUUUGCCGGAUAUGUGUAGUUUCUGCCAUUUCAAGUGCACUCUUCACCAAUGACACCAGUUGUGUUGUGCUGACAGAGUUUGUUCUGAAAAUAGCUAGGCAGAAUAAUGUCCCUCCCGGUCCCUUCUUAGUGGCCUUGGCCUCGAGCGCAAAUAUUGGAUCUUCUGCAACUUCAAUUGGUAAUCCCCAAAACUUGGUCAUUGCCAUCAAGAGUAGCCUCUCUUUUGGGGAAUUCUUGUUGGGACUCCUCCCUGCAAUGCUGGUGGGUGUUUUCGUCAAUGCUUUGAUCCUUCUAUGCAUGUAUUGGAGACUGCUGUCUAUUGAAAAGGAUGAAGAACAUACUUUGGAUGAAGUGAUUUCCGAGGAAGAUUCGGCUUCCCACCGCUUCUCACCUGCAGCCAUGUCAAAUCCCACAGCUUCAAAUUCUCAAGAAUUGAAUCCUGUGUUGGAACCAAUGAUUACCUGGAGCUCCUCAAGUUCAAAUGGGAGCACAAUCCAUACUGAGACUCUUAGAAAUAGAGUAAGUUCAAAACAGAGCAAUUUGCAGGGGACUUUGAGUGGUAACAUUGAGUUAACAAGGAAUUCAAGUGCUUACGAAGAGGGGGUGGGUGGUGAUGAUUUCCCUGAACCGAGGGAGGAAGAUUUUUAUUAUAGAAGACUUGAGGGAGACCCUGUCCCAAUGCAGCCUCUGGAAGAAAAUGAAAGGUCGGCCAAGCCAUGGAAAAGACAGCUAUGGAAAACACGUGUUUACCUUGUUACAAUUGGCAUGCUGAUAGCAUUGCUUGUUGGUCUAAACAUGUCAUGGACAACCCUUACUACAGCACUUGCUCUUGUGGUUCUCGACUUCAAGGAUGCUCAGCCAUGCCUACAAAAGGUUUCAUAUUCUCUCUUAAUCUUCUUUUGUGGCAUGUUCAUCACAGUGGAUGGCUUUAACAGUACAGGAAUACCUAGCACUCUCUGGAACCUAACCGAGCCUUAUGCACGAAUCAAUCAUGUUGGAGGGAUCGUAGUUCUUACCUUAGUCAUUCUUGUCCUCUCAAAUGUUGCUUCAAAUGUGCCUACUGUUAUUUUGCUUGGAGCAAGAGUGGCAGCAUCAGCAGCAAUGAUAUCUAAGGGCCAAGAGAAAAGGGCAUGGUUGAUCUUAGCAUGGGUGAGCACGGUUGCUGGAAACCUUUCGCUGAUGGGGUCAGCUGCAAACCUGAUAGUGUGCGAGCAGGCUCGUCGUUCUCGGUUCUAUGGCUACACUCUCUCUUUCUGGAGCCACCUCAAGUUUGGUGUUCCUUCAACUCUCAUAGUCACAGCCAUUGGCCUACUCCUCAUAAGGGGUUGAGCAAUGUCAAUACGUAUAUCUAUAUCAAAGGCUAAGAACUAAACUUUCCAUAUUGUUCCAUUGCCCAUGCUACAGUCUCACAGCACCAACUCCAGAGUCCAAAGCCAAUGUGUCAUGUACUAUGUUUUCAUGGUUUUUCCUCUGCUUUCCCAGGAACCAAACAGAUGUUGAUUUUGUGAAAUUCGAUGAAGUGGAAAAUAUUAUGGAAGCCCAUUUGAACA